CUGCAGGCCCUCCCUCCUGACUCUUGCUGUCCCCUCUUUCUAGACGAGUACAUAUCACAGGGGCUACCCUGGCCCUGCUGGCCGGGGUCUAUGCUGUGGAAGAUGCAUCGAUGGAACACCGGGACCCAUACCUUCGGGAGCUAGGGGAGCCCACUUACCUGGUCAUCGACCCCCGGGCUGAGGAGGAGGAGGAGAAGGGCACUGCGGGAGGGCUGCUGUCCUCUCUCGAGGGCCCCCAGAUGCGCCCAUCACUGCUGAUGACCCGCUACCUGGAGUCCUGGGGCGCGGCCAAGCCUUUUGCCCACCUGAGCCACCUAGAGAGCCCUGUGUCCACUUCCACCCCUCUCCCGGUAAGUGCACCUCCCUCGUGAGCCCUAGCACUUACUAACCUCAUUCCCAGUGCCCCUCCCAACUUCCCCGCCCUCACCACCAGUGAGUCACUUGAUGACAUCCCGAGGUCUUGAACA